CUGCACAUUAGAGCCUAUUAGCAUGCAAGAAUGCAUUCCAGAUACCUUUGGCUACAAUAUGAUGGAAAAAAAAUCAAAGAAUAUUUAUUUCCUGUGAUGUUAUUUUGACUUUUAUGAAAAGUGUCCAAAACACCUUGAAUAGUCUUCAGACACAGACUGAUGAGAGAACAUAAAUUUGACGUCGAGAAUUUGGCCAUGUCACGUGAUAUAUAAUCUUACAUAAUCCACUAAAAAUGCGAAGCAAAGUCUACCAGGAGAUUGGCUCACAAAUCUCAAUAAGCCAGCUAUGGGUCGCAGAAAGACCUGCAUUAAAAAUAGGCUCAAGAACCUGCAUAAAAAUCCCCCUAAAGUCAAGUCCCAAGCACCAGAACUCGUCAAGUCAAGCACAUCAGAGCCUGGAAUAGACUGUGACUCCGAGUCAGAAGCAUACACUUCUGAUCUUGAGUUGGAGGACAGUGAAGAUAAGGUCAUGCAGGAAAUUCAAAUAGAUUCAGACCUUCUUGCCUUUGCUGCCAAACUCCAGGCAGCACAUGACAGUAUGGUUAGAAAGGAGAGGGAAAGACGAGAAGCCACAAAGAGAAAACCAGUCUACAUGGGAAAUUCAGACCGGACAAAAUGGAGGCAGAGACUCGAGGGAAAGAAAAUGGAGGCUGCUGGAUUCCCAUCCAUAGUGUCAUUCUUCCAAAAAAAUGCAGAACCUGAGAGCAGCAAACAGGAAGACAGAAUACAGAUUACCAAUGGCAACCAGGUGCAAGGAACGAGAUAUGUCACAGCAGAUCCAGAGAUUGUUGAGAUCCAACAGCCAUCUCAGUCCGAACGAGUCACAGAUCCACAAGCUGAUGUUGCAGCUGAUUCAGAUGCAGAAUCCGAGUUCCCAACCACAUUUGACCUUCCGGAUCAUCAAGAUCUCCCAGCUUUGCGAAGAGCCAAGGCUGAAUUGAUAGUGAGGCACAAGAAAGAUAAUCUCAAAAUGUUUAUCUGUGCUCGUGUCACCAGUAUGAUUGCUCUUAUCAGUCUGUAUAUUGAUCUAGAGCUUGGAUUUGGGUGGAUGAAAUGCUCUAAGCUUGCAGCAGAAGCAACUGGAAGAAGGGUCAAUCAUGCCUGA